AUGAGGAGUGAGAAGGCGGGGACAUCAACCUAUGACGAGAGGGGGCGGGGAGGAGGAGUGACGCGGAGCCUAUGGGAGCGCGCGCGGCCGGAAGCACGUGACGGACCCAAGAUGGCCGCGCCCUGCCGGGUAGGUGACCGGGGCGCGGGGGGCGGGCGGUGUACGGUGUCGAGCCGAACCGAGCCGAUCCGAGCCGAGCCGAGCGGCCCCCGGCAGCCCCCUUUCCGCCGGGCCCCCGGACCCUGUCUGCUUCUGGGCCGGGGGCUCUUUGGGGUCCCGAGAUGGGGCGGGGUCCGGCCCAGCGGCUCCGUCGCGCCCUCGCACCCGGCCCCGUCCUCUCGGACCCAGCGACUCCUCCAGAAGCUCAGCCUGCACUACUACGACGUGGAAGGCCUGGUGGCCUUGGUCAGCAAGCUGCGACGCUGGAACCUUUAUCGCAAAAACAAGCGCCUCCUGUCCUGGGAGAGUCGGUACGGGCCUAACGUCGCCGCCACCCUCUUCGUCCUGCAGAAGGGAGGGGGUGUCAGGUUUCGGGGUCAGGAGCAGUGGUACCGAGUUGACGCCAAGGGCCGCUUCUGCCGCGAUUUCAUGGACCACCCGGAGAUCCCCGUGGAGGAGGUGGACGUGAGCGGCUCCGUCGUCAACUACUACGGCCUGGACAACUUAGAGCCCCUGAAGGAGCUGAAAGCGCUGCACCUGGCCCGCUGCCCCUACGUCGACGACUGGUGCCUGAGCCGCCUGCACAUAGUAGCCGCCUCUCUGGAGGAGCUGACCCUGGCCGGCUGCCCCCUCGUCACCGAGCGCGGCCUGGCCUGUCUCCACCACCUCGGGAACCUGAGGCGACUGGACAUCUCAGACCUGCCGGCCGUGUCCAACAAGGGUUUAACCCAGAUCCUGGUGGAGGAGAUGCUGCCCCGGUGCCAGGUCGUGGGGGCCGACUAUCGGGACGGGCUGAGGGAGCCCGGACGCCCCGGCCGGUAGCCUUCACCCCCUCCGCUCUCCCUCUCUCUCUCCUCCUCUUCUCCCUCCCUCCCCGUCACCCCAUUUUUGGCCCCCGAGGGCCAGUCAGUCGGGCCCGGGCACUGUACUGGACACCAACAAUAAACCAGUGACACACAGGA